CAUCUCUAAAUCGCCGCCCUCCUAUAUAUCGCACAAUAUUUAGCAUUAAUCUUUUCUACAAUCAGUGAAAACAAAUAUGAAAAAAAUUGCACCCUUGAUCUUCUUCUACAUGGUUUUGCUAAUUAAGCCAAAAACAUGGAUAUCGACAGUGACGAAGUAUAUGAUGCCGUUGGAGUUUGCUUUGGCGUCUUCGCCGUAAUCGUACUCAUAUUCUGGAUCUCUUUCCGCAACCGGAGACAAUCUUCGGUCGACCUGUCGGAGCACUACGAGAGCUCCCCAACCAUCGAACAAGGCCUUGAUGAAGCAACAAUAUGUAGCUACCCGAAACUGCUCUACUCUGAGGCCAAAGUGAAAAUGGAAGAUUCAGUUUCAGCACCUUCUUGCUGUUCUAUAUGCUUGGCAGAUUAUGAAGACAAAGAUAUAUUGAGAGGCGUGCCUAUCUGCGGCCAUUAUUUUCAUCAAAUUUGUGUGGACAAAUGGUUGCAGCUCCACCCGACUUGCCCGAUUUGCAGAAACUCGCCACUUGAUCCGUCUGUGUGCUUGAUGAUUACUUCUGAUGUGUAAUGAGUUACUGAUAAUUAGAUGGAAUGAAGUUUAGGAUUAGUUCAUUUUCUUUGACUCAUGUAUCAGUUGUAAACAAUUUCAAGAGUUCUUGUGCAGCAAGAAACAUUGAUAACAAUUUAAUAAUUGCCAUUUGCCAAUUAACUUAGAUAAAUCAUGCAUCUUUUGAUCGGAUCUC